UCACUCUGAGUUCUGGAGCCAACCUGCCCACCCGCUGAGACACUCAGGUCACAGAAGCAGUAGGUCAGGAGCCUGAGGGGAUAUAAGGAGUGCCACUCUGGAGCCCCCCAGUGCACCUGUUGAGAUGGAGACCUCAAAUGGGCAAGGGGGUGAAGGAGACAAGCCCCUAAAGAAGGUGACAGAUGCACCCUACUUAGAGAAGAGCUCCCGCACCACCCCUUCUGGAGACUCACUUGUACACCAUGCCAAGGGUCUGGACCAGGACACCUUCAAAAUUUGCAAAGAAUAUCUAAGACCACUGAAGAAGUUCCUGCGAAAGUUGUACCUGCCCAGGGACCUUCCCCAGAAGAAGAAGCUAAAGUACAUGAAGCAGAGCCUGGUGGCCCUAGGGGACCACAUCAACACCUUUCUGCAACACUACUGCCGAACCUGGGAAAUCAAGCACUGGAGGAAGAUGCUCUGGCGAUUUGUCUCUCUCUUCUCAGAACUGGAGGCAAAACAGCUUCGCAGGCUCUACAAGUACACCAAGAGCAACCAGACAGCCAAGUUCCUGGUGGCGUUCUGUCCCCUGUACACCCUGGAGAGCUCCUUGCUGGCCAACCAGGAAGACAGUCUGCCCAAGCUCUGCAGUGCCUGGGGGCUGCACGGCAACAUCAGCGGCAUGAAGGAGAGGCUGUCCAAGAUGCAGGCCCCUGGCCGAGAGGCCUCCCUGCUGGGGGAGCCAAGAUCCCAGAUCCAGGUCAUGAAAGAUUCUCUAAGGAAACUUCCUCACAAAACAAAACUCAAGAAUAAGAGAAUUAAGGAAGCCCCAGAGACUCCAGAGACCUGCCCAUAAGAACAUCAGGCUAGAACAGAGGGCCAGCUUGCCCUGGGUCCCAGAGCACUUGUCUUCAACACCUCUGCACCCUGGGGGCUGGGACCAAUGAAGGGAAAGAAGAAAACUGUCUUUAUCAGAAGGAUGCUCAGGUCUUAGUUACGUAUAAAUGGGGCGGGAAAUAAACAACCUUAAGACAGUUCUACCUUACUUGGC